UCGUCGGAUGCAACGGAUGGUCAUAAAUAGAAAUUUUUUAAUUUCUGCAUAGUGAUUUUUCUACUGUAUCAAAUGCUAAGUCAGUUUCUCAGGCCAGAGAGUAAAUAGCAAUGCAUACUUCAAGGCCUCAUCCUAAUACCAAAGUUGUUCUGCUUUGACCCAACAGUACAUUUAACGUGGAAUGAUCCCUCCCAGUCCGGAUGCAGUUAUAGUGGUAUAAAGGUGCCUUAACAGUGUAGCUUAUUUCCACAUAAGAAGAGGAAUAAGGUACACCAUCAUGACACAUGCUAGAUGUUGUGCUGGUAAACUAUGGCAGUAGAAAAUCAUACCCCUAAGCAAAAUAGUUAUACCAGAACAAUACAUGUGUAUAGAUCAGGCCAAGGGGCUUUAGGAAACAGGGCGAGAAAAAUAAGAUGGCAACUGUUUCAGUUGGGAAUUUCUGUUCCCAAGGAAUUACUGGUUUCAAACCUAUUAACAAAAUAGCUUCGGGGUUUAAAAACCAUUUCAGACAGUUGUUAGAUUACAAACUAUAGGCCUGAUUUUCUUCAGAAGUUCUGAGCACCCACAGAGACUAUGAAGUCAACUGAAGCAGUGAGUGCUCAGCACCUUUGUAUAUCAGACCCUUAGAGAAAUUUUUGCAAUUUCCUGAAUUACAACUAGGUGAGAAGGAUUGCUUUUUUAUAUUAUUAGCAGCUAGACUCUGUAUUGUGCAGUACUGGAAAAAUCUGACCCCUUCCUCCUAUAGAGCUGUAGUACAGUAAAAUAUGGACUGUCCUUGUAACGAAGAACCCUGGUGUAGGUAGUGUCUACAUUGAAGCGCCACAGCAGUACAUCUGCAGCUGUGCCUCUGUAAUGGUUUAAGUGUAGACAUGCCCUAGACCUCUUUUAGGCCUGCUAGAUACAAGGAUAGUCUCUCACAUUUCAACAAAACUGUAAAAGAGACAAUAACCUCUGUAUUUCUGGGUAAAGAAACACACAAAUUCAGGAAACUUUCAAACAUUGGAGAUCAUUAUGGUUCACUGUUUGCUAUUCUUUCCCCAUGGCACACUUCACUUAAACGGAGGUUUGUUGCAUAGGUAGAUUACAAGUCUCUGUUACCUUGAUUGUUUCUCUGUUUUUUAGUGAUUGUCCUAGUUGCUAUUCGAUGUCAGCAAAGUUUUUUAAAACGAUUGUUUGUUUGGUGGCGAUAGUGGUUUUGACAUAUAAACUCGAUUAUAUGGGGAAAAAAUAUGAAUCUAAAGUAAAUGUUAUAAAGAUGUACACAGAUCAGAUUUCUAUUUCUUGUUUAUUCUGACUUGUAUAUGGUUUGUGCUAUACUGAAAAUCAAAAUACUAUAUAUUACUAAUAUUAUAGUAGCACCUGGAAUACCUAACCUAGAUUGAGGACCUGUUGUGCCAGGUACUGUAUGUACACAUAGGUAAGAUACUAGUCAUGCCGUGAUCUCUUCAGGCCAGGGACAGACAAGUCAGCCAAAGGAUGGGAGAAAGAAAGUAGUAUUAACAUAAUUUUUCUGUGCCUCAGUUUCCCAUCUUUAAAAUGAAGUGCCUUGCCCAGGUUAUCAGUGGAAGUCUUUAGCAGAGCCUGAAACGGAACCUACACCUCAUGAGUCCUGGUCCAUUGCCUUAAUAACAACACCUAGCUCUUAGUGAUCAUUACCAGUAGGUCUCAAAGGGCUUUACAAAGGAAAUCAAUAUCAUUAUCCCCCAUUUUAUAGCUGGGGGAAACUGAGGCACAGAGAAAGGGAAUUGAUUUGCCCAACACCAGCCAUCAGACCACUAGCAUAGCUGGAACUAGAGCCCUGUGUUCGUGAGUCCCAGUCCGGUGUGCUACCACUAGGCCACACACCCCCUCCCUUAGCUACCCGCCCAUCCUUCCUUGUAAUCUUUUGAACAAUAACAAGGUUUAUUUUAGAAAUGAGAUGAAAGUUCCAUGAAAACUUUGUAUUCUUUGAAUUAACUCCAAAAACAUCUUUAGAGACUACCUGUUCUGCUUGAGUUUUUUUCUCCAUUAAAACAUAACUUAUUACUAUAAUUGAGGAAACCAGCGUCUCACAGUGCCUGAAAUUUUUCUAAAUAUUUGUGUAACAAAUUAAGUGUGUGAACAAAACAAAAAAGAAUCAUUCAAAUUAUACUUAUCAAGCCUCCACUUUGGUAUGCAGGUGUGUUAUCAAAUAACAUACUCUAUAAAUGAGACUUUUGAGGACUUUUUUUUCAUUCUACUUCAGAGAAGACGGCUGGCCUGAACAAUGCUGUCACUCCAGUCACUUCACGUACUUGCAGCAGGGUUUUUUUUUCUGGUGACGUGUCAUGCUGAGGAGAAGUGUGCAGGAAUUCCUGGAAUCCCUGGCACCCCAGGAGCCAAUGGAUUGCCUGGAAGAGAUGGAAGAGAUGGUAUGAAAGGAAACCCAGGCCCACCAGGUCCUCAGGGGCCACCCAGUGGCAUGCCAGGUCUUCCUGGAAGAGAUGGGCUUCCUGGGGUGAAAGGACCCCAGGGUGAAAAAGGCAACAAGGGUGAGAGAGGAGAGCCUGGACCACCAGGCCUGCCUGCUUCUAUUGAUCCUGAAAUGCAAGAAAGCCUCCAGGUUUUAAUGCAUCGAAUUACCAGACUGGAAGGAGUCCUUACUUUGGAAGGAAAAAUAACAGAAGUGGGGGAAAAAAUUCUCGCUACCAAUGGGAAAGAAGUCAAUUUUGAAACCACAUUAAAAGCAUGUGAACAUGCUGGUGGCUCCAUCGCCACCCCCAAGAACCAGGAGGAAAACGAUGCUAUUUUGGAUAUUGUGAAACAGUUUAACAAAUAUGCUUAUCUGGGUAUAAGGGAGAGUGAUGUUCCAGGUGAAUUCCAGUAUCUGGAUGGGAAACCUCUGAAUUAUACCAACUGGCGUGCUCGUGAGCCAAAUGGCAAAGGAGGGGAAAACUGUGUGGAGAUGUACACUGAUGGAGGCUGGAAUGACAAAAAAUGCAACCAGUACCGCCUCACUAUCUGUGAAUUUUAAAGCAUUUCCUCUCAGUUAUUUCAUAGUGCAGAGUUCAUGCACUAUUCUGUGUCUCAGACAUAAACAGGAGCCUCUCAGCAAUAUAGCUAAUGUCCUCUGUGAUUAUUUUAUCUGAGAGAAACAAAAUCAUGAUGUAAUAUUUUCCUUCCUCAUGCUUACCAAGGAAAUAGUAACUACCGAAGGUGAUUGAUUUGUAACUAGGACUAUCCCUAAUUUGAGAGGGGGUUAAUUAUAGUAACCAAACUCUGCCUUGUCUCACUGUGGCUGAUUAAGCUCCAGGUAAGGAUUUCAGGGUUUGGCUUAGUGUGUUUGAGGAGUCCCAUGCUAAGAUAACUUUGUACAUUCCAUUGUAGUUACAUGCCUAGAUAAUGCAGCAUAUACUAUGCAACAACAUUAGAGGAACAGGUCUCAAUCCUGGAAGGAAAUUCACACAGGUAUACUUCAGUGGAGAAAUACAUGGUGGAUCCCCCUAUAUGCAUCUCUUUGCAAGACUGAGGCCAUACUGUGUAAUAUGAAACCCUGCAAUAAAAUUCAACUCAGUUAUUAUAAAGGGAGACCACAACGAAAACCCUGGAAAUCAUAGAUCAUUUAGCUAUACUGCAAGCUGCUCAUUUUGUUUUUGUGUGUCAAAUACCAUGUUCCCCUAUAGCACUAUAGAAAUAGUCAUUUACAGUAUUUUACAGUUCUAUCAAGACUCUUCUAUAUCAUACGAACCAUUGGACAAACAAUAUCAUUCCAAUGUGUAAACUGAAUAGAUGUACAUCUGACCACCAUCAUCAGACCAGCAAAGGCAAGGUUUGAGAAGAGGGGGUAAGAAAAAAGCAGUAGGGGUUAAGAAAUUUCUCAAAUGCUUCCCCAUCCUGUGGAGCCAGAGUGGAGCAGCUGUUAACUGGGGUUCUUUCAACCCAAAGCUCUUGGUAACUUUUACUCUGUGCGAGGUGGUGUCAGGAAAUAAAUCGGGGAGACAUGGCCGUCCAAAUGAUAGAUGCCUGGCACAAACAGGACAACACAAGAGUGCUUUCACAAGGGUUGUCUCUUAAUAUGUGUAUGCACCGUGCGUCUCGGUACUACUGUAAUGCAAAAAUAGUAAUAAGAAAAAAUGAAGGACACUCUAGAUCUCAGAGGCCCGACUGGCUAUAUCUGAGAUGGACGAGGUUUCUUGUACUGUUCCUUUUUUAACCUCCCCAAAUGUGCAGUUUCUUGACUCCUAGAAUGCACUGAAACCAAUUUGGAUAAACAUCUGAAGUUUGGAAGCCUUUUCUAAUCUUUUUCAGGUUCAACUAUCAUUAAUACGAUUAUUACCUUCUCCUGGCCACUACAGGAGUGGCUGUUAU